GUGAGCAGAGCGGCACGUUUGACUGUAGAUAUGUUAUAACCUAGAGCAGAUACGGGCUGCAGAAAGGUGUGAUCGCAUUUUCACCCAGCGAAAUGAAAGCAAAAAAAUCUGAGCAAAUGCAGAGGACAAGUGCGCAUGAUGGAACAGCGAAGCUGAAAGCCAGACUCCCGGUGUUUACCAAACCCUGAGCUCCGACAGAAUCAAGAUUGCUUUAAACGCAGCUGAUCCCUAACCACCGCCACUGGUCUCAGGGGAUACUGAUGAAUGCCUGUAAGCAUGAUGCAGCGAUUUGUAUAUGGAAAUAUGGACUCACAGUGGAUACUUUUUAGAUGCGGAAUUUAAGGGCUCUGUUGCCCGGGAAAACACCCCAGAAGAAGGGGAACAGACAGGGAUACGUCUGGUGGGAGCUUUGCAAAUAAAACCGUAAGACAGCGUGAUGUAAGUAGUAUUGUUUGGCGAACACCAGCUAUGGCAUUGAAUACAUCAUGACCAAACAGUUGUUAAUUGGACUGAGAGCACAUUGGACUCCAUUCACCCUGGCUACCAAACACCAGCGCUCCUGAAAUCAAUAACUUUCCCCCAAAGAGAAGGCCAGACAGACCGUGUCUGUCAGCGGGUGGCAGGCCGGAUACAAAGAAUAUGGCCACAGGGGGGAUGGGGAUGCGGAGCAAAGCCGUUUCCCAGAAACCAAUGGCCACUGCAGCUCAGAGCUCAGUGGAGAGCUCAAAGGAAAAAGGAACUCCAGACGUGGCUGCAAGGAAAGCGAAAGCCAAGGCGGGGAUUGUCCACAGGACCCUCUGGGCUUCAGGCUAGUUGUAUUCUACUGCAGCUUCGGCCCCUGAAAUCAGCAUGGCAGUUCAGGGCUCCCCGCUGGCUCUUGCUAAGUAUGACUCAGAAAAGAAGCACCUGCAAUGAACCAGCUACAAAUUUUCCUCGGGAUUCCGUAAAUUUAACAGUAGCCCAAUGCCAGCGUCCUCGAGGAGGUGUCGGUCACUGUCCGCCGGGUCGGGGGUGCUGAAAUUUGGAUGAUGUCUAGCAGGAGAUCGCAGGGAUGCUGCUGCUUGUCCCAUUUCAACAAGGACAAUGGCAGAUUCCUCCUCUUAGCGGUCCUGAUCGCAGUUUAUCUGGCAGCUGGAGCUACGGUGUUCUCAGCCCUCGAGAGGCCGUCCGAAGUCGAGGCUCAGCAUCGCUGGAGCAGGACCCUCCAAAACUUCAGCCAAAUAUUCAACAUCAGUAUGCCUGAGCUAAGGGACUUCCUGCGGAGUUAUGAAGCAGCCAUGGCCGCGGGCAUCCGGGCAGAUGCACUAAGACCAAGAUGGGACUUCACUGGGGCUUUCUAUUUUGUGGGGACAGUAGUGUCAACUAUAGGUUUUGGAAUGACCACACCCGCAACAGUGGCUGGAAAAGUGUUCCUCAUAAUUUAUGGCCUAUUCGGGUGUGCUGGGACUAUCCUUUUCUUCAACCUGUUCCUGGAGCGUAUUAUCUCUCUCCUGGCUUUUAUCAUGAAGGCUUGUCGUGAGCGGCAGCUGCGAAGAAGUGGUCUUCUACCCCCUAACUUUCGAAGGGGAUCAGCUAUCUCUGAAGUGGACAGCCUUGCUGGAUGGAAACCAUCAGUUUAUCAUGUGAUGCUGAUUCUGGGAAUUUUUGCCGUUACACUGGCUUGCUGUGCCUCAGCAAUGUACACAGCAGUGGAAGGAUGGAACUACAUUGACUCCUUAUACUAUUGUUUUGUCACCUUCAGCACUAUUGGCUUUGGAGAUUUGGUAAGCAGUCAAAAUGCAGUGUACCAAAAUCAGGGAUUAUACAGAUUUGGAAACUUCAUGUUUAUAUUAAUGGGUGUAUCUUGCAUAUACUCUCUUUUUAAUGUCAUAUCAAUUGUAAUCAAGCAAGUUUUAAACUGGCUGUUGAAAAAGUUUGGAUGCAGGUGUUGCUCUAAGUGCCAUAAAUCAAGUGCCCGCCUUGGUCGUCGCAAUGCCAUCACCCCAGGAAGCCGCUUCCGUAGGCAUAACAUCUCUGUGGAAACCGAUGGACAGUAUGACAGUGACACAGAGGGGAGGAGGCUUUCUGGUGAAAUGAUUUCAAUGAAGGAGCUCACAGCAUCAAACAAAGUCUCCCUGGCCAUUUUGCAAAAGCAGCUGUCCGAGAUGGCCAAUGGGUACCCUAGAAACGUCAGUAUGAACAGCAGACAAAAUGGCUUCUCUGCAGGCAUUGGUGCGCUAGCUAUCAUGAACAAUAGGUUGGUAGAAACAAGUGAUUCUAGGUAGAGUUUUUGAAAGUCUCUUCUAUAAGAUAAUGACAUUUUCUUAUUUUUUAUUUAAUAAAAAUUUAAGUUAUUAGGCUGAUGUUAUCAUGGGCUUAUGGAAAUUCUUAAGUGAAGAGAUAAACUCCAAACAAACAGCAGGUCUAUUUUUUUUUUUUAAGUCUUCUCUGGGUUGCAAUACCAUCUUUGUCCUAAUGU